GCGAUGGCCAGCCGCGGCUCAGCUGCUAGACUGGCGGUUGUCUCUGCUGUUGCUGCUCCCAGAUGGGGCGCAUGCAGAAUUCAAACAACCAGCUACCAGGAUCGAGACGUGGGCAGUACGCGGCUACGGCCAUUUCCGAGAUGACCCAUUCAUCAAGGGCUCUAUUCUUGUGUCGCGGUUUGGGCCUCGCGGCAGCAGUGGUUAUCAGUCGCUCUCUUGGACCUUGCACUCCAUGGAUCCUGCGUGCACCUACGAGCGAGUGCAAAACGACGAGAUCCCUGGUGCCUGCACGAUCAGCGUGGUUGACGAGACGUCCUGCAGCAGUGGCGGCAUCGAGGAAAGCAGCAACUAUUGGAACCGGUCUGAGGUCGUAGGCGACCCUUGGAGUGGGAUGUCCUAUGCCACUAGCAAGAACAAUCUGUCAAUCGCCAGGAACCGGCGCAUCCACACGGGCCUUGCUAUCGAUGACCUGCGACGCAAGGCCGCCGUGGUGUUCAACGGUGCAGGGCUGCCAAUCGCGUGCGGGCGGCUCGUCAAUGCCGUCUGUACCGCCAGCCUGAUGCUGUGCGUGUGGCAUCUGGACAGCCUCGUGUCCUUCCUGCUCAUGCUGCUGCUUCCUCUCGUGGGGAUCUUCUGCUUCUGCUUGUGCCGGCGCUGCGACCAAGCCCUGGGAGUGGGCAAGCGUCACAGGGGGGUGGGCUACGAGCUCCUGCAGCAGGCAGACGCCAACCCCGACGACGAGGGCGAGGAGAAGGACGCCCGCCUCGAAGGCCCCGCCCUCGGCACCAGCGCUGCCGCCGCUGUAGCUCUGGCCGCGGCAGAGACGCGGAUGGUUGGCAGACCCUUCGUGUGGCUCCUGGGCGCAGCUACCAACCUGCUGGCGGCCUGGAUAUCGCGAGCGCCGCCGUGUCCUGCGGCGCCUACUUGUCCUUCCUCGCCGGCGUGCCCGUCGGUGUCGUGCCCCAACCUCUCGUGUGGGGAGGUCCAUUGCCGGGCGACCAAUCACGACGUGUACGAGGAGCGGUACGGUCAGGGGAACCCAGACAUCGUCGCCGUGGUCUUCAGCCCGACGCGCCAGGCGCUGCAGGGUGUGGACCCGAAUCUGCUGCACAGGUUCAAGCGCGAGCCGAACGCGAGGGAGACGAUCGCUAUCCAGGACGCUCUCGUGCAGGUAGCUGACCAGCUGUACUUGGACCGCGAGCGCGCUGCUGGCAGGCCGCGCACGCUUCCCGCUGGUGGCUCCUACCUGGAAUUCGACUUCACCGCAGACGCCCCUGGACCAGGCGUUCCUGGCGCAGGCCCUGCCGCUCACGCGCCCGCGGCUGGAGCCGCCGCCAGAGCAGCGCCUGCCGCGCCACUGGUGAGCGUGGCCGGGGCCGGCGCCGCCGCCGCCCCUGCAGCCGGUCCCCUGGCGGCCGCCGCCGUGCCGGCCGCAGGCGCCCCAGCGGGCGCCGCCGGCGCAGCGCCGCCGGCCGCGGCAGGAGUGGUUGGGCCGCCCGCUGUGCUGGCCCCAGUGUGGGUGCUCAUCGAGAGCACGGGUGGUGGCAGUCGUGGCGACGUUGUCCAGCUCAACGGGACCGAGCGGAUCGAAGGUGACAUCGGCCUCCUGAAACUGAACGCAGGCUGGGUUGCCAUCCGUAGGAUCUUGUUGGACCCAUCGGUGUACAGGGGCGCGGAGAGCGGGGCGAACAUCAGGCUGCUGGGCGUACCACCUCGACCCGACGGCUCCAGGCAGCGACUGGCUUGGCGUGAGGCUGUGCCGAUGAUGGUAAAGAACCCCAUCCCGGGGUGGCUGCUCGACGGACCUCGGACCAUGCUUUGGUGCGCGCAGUUCAUCGACAGGAAGCGGAGCGGCCCCGUGGAGCACUACAACAGCUUCGUUGCCUUCUAUCAUCUCACGAAGGAGGAUUACGGGGUCGCUCAUUAUGAGAACAUAAUGAAGAUGAUCGAAAAUCUCGGGUGCUGGGAUCAGUUGAAUGUUCCCGACUUGGUCGGGGCGGAGCUGGCCAUUCGUCAGGCGCAGCUGUACGAGUACAUCUACUCCAUGGAGUUCGAGGCGCAGCAGUCGAAGGGCUCCAAGGACGGCAACGAGGGCGACGGCAAGAAGAGGGGCCGAGGUCGGGGAGGAGGGCUCCACCGAUUCGGCAUCGUGGACGAGGCGGCGGUGUUCACAGGAGCGGCCAAGGAGGAUGGCCGUUCCAUGCUAGGCCCGCUGCUGCUGGAGCAUGUCUCCAAACAGGUGGAGCGCGACGCAGGGAUCCUGAAGCAGAUCAGGUCAGUGCGCAGGCGCCUUGAGAAGCGGUCGCACGUUCGCGGCAUGGUCGAGGAGAUGACCGACGCGCUGAACGAACUGUGGGGCUGCCCGCCCGCGGCGCGCCGUCAAGCGCCCGCAGGCGCGCCGGUGCCCGCCGCUGGCCACGCCCUCGUCCUCUCGGAGCUCCGCCAGGCCGCUGUGAGGUUUGGCCCGUGCCCAGAGGGCUUGGACGGUCCAGGGGCCCUCGAGGAGCUCCGGAUAUCUCAAUCAUACGAGGGUGACGCCACGUUGGUUGCCCCGGUGAGCUUCGACCUCGUCGACUCCAUCUCAUUGCCUCCUGCUGGCAGCCAACCCGCCGCCCUGGAGACUAUCGACGAGAUGGCAGGCCAGAACAUCGCUCACCGGCUGAAAGAGUUACUCCUGCCCCGACAGCUGGGGAUGGAGCGCAUCAAGGAGGCAGGUCCGAGACGACUCUACACGGACCCUGCCCUUCGCAACCCGCGCCUCUACGCGAUGGUGGUGCGGCGGCUUAUGGGCGCCGGGCUGGUGGACUUCAGCAGCUCGGCGGAGUGUUACGUUGGCAUGUUCUUCGUGCGCAAGAAGAACGGGUCGCUGCGGAUGAUCCUCGACGGGAGGCACGCAUCGCUCAGGUUUGCGCCCGCGGACCCCGUGGAGCUGGCGACGGGUUCGGCGUUCGCUCAGAUCUCGGUCGACGGCGACGAGCCCAUCAGCAUCGGGGGCGUCGACAUCUGCGACGCGUUUUACCAGAUCGAGCUUCCGCAGUGGCUGCGCCGCUACUUCGGGCUGCCCAAGUUGAGGGCUGGCGACAUCGGGCUGACGCACUUGUCCGACGGUGCGCCCGUUAGACCUUCGGCCUGGGUGGUACCGUGCUUUCGGUGCCCGCCGAUGGGCUGGAGCAUCAGCCUAUGGAUAUGUCAGAGCUUGAACGAGGCGGUGACCGCUCGUGCUCUUCCUGGCCAUUUUGGCCGUCGACUUGUGGACCGUCGGCCCGCGCCUGACUUGCAGCAAGGAAUGGCGCGCACGGUCUACGUCGACAACUUCAUCGCCCUGUCCCACAGGCUGCGCGAGGUGCGUGAUGCAGCUACUGCAGUGCAGAGGGAGCUGACGGCUUCAGACCUUCCCUCGCACCCCGUGGAAGCAUCAGUCGGCGGCGACACGCUGGGCUGGCACUUCGACGAGGACAAGCCCGUGAUCGGUCUCAGCGUUCGGCUACGCUGGCGGCUUCGCCUUGGCAUCGGCGAGCUGCUGGAGCGUGGCUGGUGCAGCGGUCGCACCAUGAUGAAGGUGAUGUCGCACUUCACGUCGAGGGCGUUAAUUCGCCGAGAGCUGCUGAGCUGCCUAGGGGCCGUGUCCGGUUUCAUGGGCGACUGCGGCCGCGAGAGGCGGCGGCUGACUCCGGCAGUGAGGCGGGAACUGACCUGGUGCCGCGCGCUGCUGCCCCUGUGCUUUCGAGACGCCGGGCGGCCUCUGUCGCCUGUCGUGUCUUGCGUGGACGCCUCGUGGUGGGGCGCAGGAGUGACAGAGAAGACCAUCACCUCGGACCAAGCUCGUCGUUUGUCUAUCUUCAACAAGCGAUGGAGGUUCAGUCGUGAUGGCGAGCAGCAGGUCGCCCUUCGGGACAAGGCCCUAGCCCUGGAGAGCAAGCAAGCUGAGCGUAUCACCUCGUCAUGCAUCAAGCAAGCCUCGUCGGAGCCCGACCGCGACCCAGCAGUCAUAGCAGCAGUUAUGGAGCAGCAGGUCCCGUUCCGAGUCGAGCCGAAGCCGAAUCAGAAGGAGGAGGUCACGUUCGAGGAGGCACUGGGCCUCUGGGAGGAUGGCGGCGCCACUGUCGAUGUCGGCCCUCGGUUUCAUCGCGGCCCCUGCUGCGCCGGCGACGCGGGCUCGCAGGAGGCCGGCUGCGGCCCUGGGUGCUGCGGGUACUCACCAGUUGCAGUGCAGGAGCAGUCGGUAGGGGGCGCGACCAGGGCAGACUACCAGCGUCGACAGGCCGCCUUCAGCCUGUGGGCCUGCCAGCGGGGGCAUUCGCUGGUGACGCCGGCAGAGGUGGACAAGGCGCUGGCGCUGUUCUUCCACGAGGAGUUCCUGGACGGGGGCGAGAGCAGCGACGCGUGGAAGCUGAUGGCGGCCCUCGCCUUCGCGCGCUCGGACCUCGGGCCGCGCCAGGGGCGCCUGCCGCGGGCGGCGCGGGCAGCCAAGGGUUGGUCUCGCCUGGCGCCGCCUCGGUCGCGGCUGCCGCUCCCGUGGACUGUGGCGUGCCUCGUCGUGGAGACCCUGUGCCGCAGGGGCCUGGUGGAGUACGCGUGGCUCACCGCGCUCGCGUUCGGCCUUUACCUGAGGCCGCGCGAAACGCUGGAUCUCGCGCAGUCGCAGCUCAUCCCGCCAGGGUUCACCACGGCCACGGCGAUGCACCACUGGUGCGUAGUCCUCCAUCUGUUCGAGAGGCAGACCCCGUCCAAGACAGGCGUGUUCGACGAGAGCCUGCUGGUGGACUCCACCUGCUUCCCGUGGAUGCCAAGCCUCGUGCAGGAGCUGCGCCGCCGCACGCCCGCUGGCCACCGCCUGUUUCCCGUGACCUACGCGCAGUGGAACUACCACUUCAAGGCCGUCGUUGCCGAGCUCGGCCUGCAGGUCUUGGGCAACCUGACGCUGCACCAGCUGCGGCACGGCGGCGCGAGCCGCGAGCUGUACGCGGCGGCGCGGCCUCUGCGCGACAUCCAGAAGCGCGGCAGGUGGGCGACCGACGCCGCUCUUCGGCGCUACGCCAAGGGCGGUCGGGUGCAGGGGCAGCUUCACCGGCUGCCGCGCGCCCUGCAGCUCCGUGCCGAGCAGGCGUUCCGCGGGCGCUCCAAGGCGGGCGUCUUCCUGGAGGUCUUCAGCGGCUCCGGGCGGACGUCGGCGGCGUGGCGCUUGCGGUUCCGUUCGCAGCAUGCCGCCUUCGAACUGGACAUCCGCCACGACGCCGACGGCGAUCUCCUCCUCAGGCGGAUCAGGCAGCAAGUUCGAGGCUGGGCGCGGAGUCGGCUCAUCGUCGCGAUCUGGAUUGCGACGCCCUGCCAUUCCAUGGGCCGCGCCCGCAACCGCCCCAACGGGCCACCACCCUUGCGGACGAGACUGUUCCCGCUCGGGCUGCCAGGCCUGUCGCCAGGAGAUCAGCUCAAG